GUGAGUUCACAGUCAAUGAACGAGAAUACACUGCACAGAUCAAAGAACGCUCUCGAUUUGAAAGCUAGCCGCCAGCUUAACAGAAGGGACCGUCCUGGUGACGAGUACAUGUCUACCAAUGCUCUUUUGGAAGAUGGAGCCGAGCGUGUCGACGAAGAUGCCAAUUCGUCUGAGGACCAUCAUGAGGUAACUGUUGAUCUCAUUUCGAAGCUACAAGAGAGCAGCUACACAAUUGCGCAUAUCUUGGCGCUAGCUGCCAUGCUAGUCGUGAUUUGGUGGAUCAACACACUCGGAGGUUUGUCGUGGAAACGCGGUCAAGCCAAACUUGUGUUCAACUGGCAUCCUUUGCUCAUGGUAGCAUCUUUUUGUUUCAUGACGGUAGCUUCUCUGUCAUUUCGGUUUUCUUUUUUGCAACAAAGAUUAGACCGGGGUCGCCUGAAAGUAGUGCACGGAUCGGCAUGGUUGGUGGCGGCGCUGUGCGCCGUUGUUGCGCUGCUGGCCGUCUUUCGGUCGCACAACGAUGCCAAGAGUGGCUUUGUCGCAAACAUGUACAGUUUUCAUUCGUGGAUCGGAGCAGCCGUCAUUCUCUUGUAUGCGCUCCAAUUUUUUGUCGGUCUGUUUUCAUUCGCCUUUCCACCGCGUUUUGUCACUCCCGAAAUAAAGGCAACAGCUUUGCUCUUUCAUGUCUUUGCUGGUCCUUUGAUAUAUGUUCUGACAGCAACGACAAUUCUUUUGGGUAUUCAGGAAAAGGAAGGCUUUAUUGGCUGUGCAUAUAAAGUCGAGAGCGCCGACCUUUUCCCUUUCCUCAAUAUUGGAAAGAUUCCAUUGCCUUGUCUUGUUGGCCAUAUCCUCGGUUUCUUGGUGUUUUCAACAGCUAUCACUACCUCUUUUGCCCUCCACAAUUUUGGUAGCCGUUAUGAACAAAGACGAGUAAAUUAA